GCUACGCGAUUGGCUGAACGCGAAACUGUCCAGUUUUCAUAAAGGCGUCUUUACACGAAUGUAUUGCACGAUACGUCGAUAUCGCAAUCGUGUAAUAUUAUUUAUUUCGUUUACGAUUCGAUUUUUGCUAUAUAUUCGGUUUUUUAUUUUUACACCUCACGCACACUUAUUUUUUUGUAUCGAUUUAACCUAAACGCAGUGCCGCACCGCCUCGGUCCGAACGCCUCGGCUUGAUGUUACGUUACUGGCGCAGCACUUUUCUCAUGUGAUACUCUUGCGUGAUGCACAACAUGUAUCUGUAAACGCAGCAUCAGCUAGCGUCCGAAGCUGUCUGAGAUGAACUGUAGUUGCAUAAGGAACUGCAAGAAGGUAAACAGGAGAGCGCAAUUAGGACGCACGUUGUCCGUUCACGGUGAAUCUUGAUUUCUCGAUCAUGCAGGGGUGUACUUCGAUGAUGCGGUGACGGAUAACGGCGUUGGUUACGUGCAGGUCCUGUAGUCGUAAUUGCAACGAUGUGUACGGAUGUAAGCUCUCGAGAACCGAUGAACGUUAUGCGCGCUGCUUCACGCGAUUAACUACCCGCGAGCGUUCUCAGCGAGAGUAGCUUCAGCGGUGAACUCGCGAACGCGCUCUCUGAUGGUGUAUCUCUCGCGCUCGGUUGUACCAUGAUGGGAAUAUUGUACGAGAAGAGGCCGCUGAAAAGGCCGAGGCUAGGUCCGCCGGACGUCUAUCCUCAAGAACCGAAGCAGAAGGAGGACGAGCUCUCGCUUACGAACGUUAAGCAUGGCUUCACCACUAUACCUCAGCUGGCGGACGAAUUCGGAACGGCAAGGAGUUCCAACGUCACCGCGGCGAAGGUUGGAGCCUACUUCAACGCAAUCCUCGCCAAGAAGGAAGAGCUCGCGACGAUGCCUGACACUGGUAGAAAGAGACAGCAGAUUAAUCCCAAAGAUAACUUCUGGCCGGUGACAGCUAGGACGAAGAAUGGUAUCGAGGCCUGGUUCAAGGAUCUCUCGGGUAGUAAGCCGUUAGUUGCUCUGGCAAAGAAGGCCCCAAACUUUAAUAAGAAAGAGGAGAUAUUUAUGAUGCUCUGUGAGUAUCAAGUGCCAAUGUUGAGGGCCGCUUGGUUCAUCAAGCUCAGUUCGGCUUACACGGUCGCAGUCUCCGAGGCCAAAAUAAAAAAGCGUCAGCUGCCGGAUCCAACAACAGAAUGGACGGGCACCCUCAUAAAGUUUCUGAAGGAUCAGUUGUCCAAACUGCAAGAAUAUUAUCACAUGGGCAAUCAUGCAGCUAGUACUGGUAACAAUAAUAGCACGACAAACAGUUCAUGUAACAGCAGCAACGGAACUGCUGGAACAAACAACAGUAACAAUAACAGCAACAGCAGUAAUAAUAACAGUGUUAAUGGUAAUAAUGCAAGCAAUAGUAACGGCUCCGCCACUAAUAAUCAACCACCUACGCCUACUUUGAGCAGUCAGCCUGCAACGGGCACGACAAUGAACGAGGAACACAAGUUGGCGCUUAAACAGUGGCAUUAUUGUAUACAGUUGGCUAAGUACAUGUUUGAAGAGGGCUUGCUGGAUAGGCAAGAGCUGCUGCAGUGGAUCCUGGAGUUACUGGACAAGAUCAGGUCAUCUCCUUCGGAAGAUGGGAUAUUGAAGCUGCUGUUGCCAUUAGCUCUGCAAUAUUUAGAGGAAUUCAUACAAUCUGAAUUGUUAGCUAGACGAUUGGCGUAUCUGUGCUGCCGUAAAAUGGCACAUAUGUGCAACAACGUCGAGAGUAAUGCCAAUCCUCAGAGUCCGUCCAUUGUCAAGAACGAAGUUAACGGUAGCAAGGAGCAAGCUGCCGUCGCUGCCCAAGGACCACUGAACCCCUUGAUCAUUGCUUUCAACGAUUACUUGACUUGCUCGCACCACAGAGACGUAGUUUAUAGUUUAGCCACUAUAAUACAAGUCAUAACAUUAGAGUGUCCUACAGCACUGGUCUGGAACAGCGUUGGCGAGGGAAAGGCUCCAUCAGUUUUGAAUGGAUCGCCUUUGGAUUAUUUGCCGUGUCCUCCCGCAGCUUUGCCGUGCCCACCCGCGAGUUCUGGUAAUCCUACGAUGAAGCAGCUGAAGGUCGCGCAGGAAAAUAUAAGAGCUCGGUCUCAAGCCGCGGAGGGCAGAUGGUCGUGUGACAAAUGGCAACAAAGCAGCGCGGGAACGACGACUACGAAAGUGCUAGCUGCGUUGGACGCCCUCGAUCGGCACAGUUUCGAUAGAAUGGACGCCGCUAAUUCGCUCGAUACGUUGUAUACAAAAAUCUUUACACCACCCCCGAAAGAUACCUCUAAUGAACGUGACGCAAAGACAGAAUAUAAUCCGCAACAGGAUUCGGCAGUGGUUGAAAUUUUGUGCGAAUGGGCUGUGAGCGCGGAACGCUGGGGAGAGCAUAGGGCAAUGGCGGUCGCUAAACUUCUCGAGAAGAGACAGAGCGAGGCUACCGGCGAGACUAACGAUAACGACGACAAAGACAGUAUGUGCAGUAACGGAAGUCCGCCUGUGCUGCCGAUUUUCCAACCGCUGCUUAUGAAAUUCUUAGACGUGGACGCGCCGGUACUGGAUAACACUUCGACGCAGUCCAAGGCCCAAUUCACAAAUUUAGUUCACUUGUUUUCAGAAUUAAUAAGGCAUGAUGUUUUCUCGCACGACGCGUACAUGUGCACUCUUAUUUCGAGGGGUGAUCUUAUACAAGGUCCGGUAGCCAGCAAACCUGGGACACCCAGUAACAGGGAACCAAUCGACGAGGACAGUCUCUUCCCGGGUAUAGACCUAAAGCCGACCAAAUUAGAAGUAUCAGAUCACGGACGUGCCAUGGACUACGAUGACAGUAAAAUCGACGAUGAUUUAGACAAAUUACUGCAACACAUUAAAGAAGAUCAGCAAAAUAGUAUGGACGCACCAGAUAGUCCUAAAGAAGAUGCGUUGACUGGUCACGGGGGUCAUGAGAGUCUUGAUUCGAAAAUGCCAUCGAGCCAUAGCAGACAUUUAUUAUACACUACUCACUUUCCACUGCCGCAGGAUGAGACUUGUAGUCAGCACGACUGCAAUCAACGACAUGUGCUAUUAUACGGUGUUGGACGUGUCAGGGACGAGGCUAGGCAUACUGUCAAAAAGAUGACGAAGGAGGUGUGCAAACUGUUCGGCAAAAAAUUCAGUAUCGAUGUCGCGGAGGGCGGUAAAGUGAAGAAACAUUCGCGGAGUGAAUUCAAUUUCGAGGCCGUCACCAUGAAGUUUCAAAAUCUGAGUUAUUUCGAUCAGCAUGUGGUCACGUGGCAAUGCGCGACGCAAGUGAUCGAAAUGCUCAAUACGUUUGCACUAGCUGGUUCAUCCUAUUUACCAGUGCAUGAGCACGUAGCAUUUCUUUUUGAUUUGAUGGAGCUAGCGUUGAACAUAUACGGUCUAAUCGACGUUUGCAUACAAAUUCUGAAAGAGCUGCCGGAAGUAGAGGCACAGCUGACAGCUAGAAACAGUCAAUUAGUUCGAAGUUACACCACAAACCUAAGCUUGUACGUGGUUGGUGUACUGAGAAGAUACCACUGCUGUUUACUAUUGUCGCCUGAACAGACAACAGCGGUAUUCGACUUGCUAUGCAAGGUGGUGAAGCACGUGUCAAAUCCGAGCGAUUGCAGCUCUGCCGAACGAUGCGUGUUGGCACACUUGUACGAUUUAUAUUCGACGUGUUCUCUUCUGAAAACCAAGUCGCACGGAGUGGAGGCGUUCAGUAACGCUUAUCCGAAAAUUCGGACGACCCUCUAUAGCACACUGCAGCCGACACCUUCGAGUCACGUUUACAACUCGCAAUUUAUGGUCGAUAUUUUUUCAAGCUUACGAAGGGGCGGGAAGAUUGAGCCGCAAUGGGCGAGGCAGUUGAAUGAGACGCCAGCAAAUCGUUACAGUUUCGUUUGCAACGCGAUUGUCGCGGUAUGUAGCGAGACGGAUAACGACAAGCUGAACGAUGUUGCUAUAACUUGCGCGGAACUGACUGCUUGCUGCAAUACACUCAAUGCCGAGUGGCUGGGAGUGCUGAUGGCACUUUGUUGCUCCUCCAAUAGUUCCGCCUUUUAUAUCGACGUGUUGAAUCAGGUUGACGUGCAAGACCUGAGCAUACACAACUCUUUGGCUAUAUUCACCUCGAUUUUAAUCGCAAGACAUUGCUUUUCCUUGGAAGACUUCGUCGUGCACAUAGCGUUGCCGUCCUUGGUAAAAACUUGCAACGAUGGUCGUGGGGAUAUCGAUAUUGAAGCAGAGGCUGGUGCACGCUUGACCUGUCAUUUGUUGCUAAGGCUCUUUAAAACCGUUGAAUGUCCGCAACCAGCUCUGUAUUCGGUCAGCACUAGCCCCCAUCCCCUCCCAAGUGGGAAUUCUAGGGGCUACAGUAUAAAAUUGAGCUGCGACAGGCACUUGUUGGCAGCUGCCCACAAUAAUAUAAGAGUCGGACCAGUAUUGGCGGUGCUUAAAGCUAUAUUAGUUGUGGGAGAUGCCGCGGCCGCUAAACAACCCCCCAAGAAGGUCGACAUACCUCUAAGUCAUUCCAGUAAGGGCGGUGGCCCGGCUAGUGUCGGAGUCGGAGUUGGUGUUAGCAGCAGCGGGCCUGGCGAGUUGUCAAUCAGCCAUAUUCUGGGAACCAGCGACAUCUUAGGCGGUGGUGACGAUCUCGGUCUCGAUCUGGCUAUGUCGUCGUCCAACAGCAGCGCCGGUAUGACGACGGAAAAUGUGAAGGGAUUCUCCGACUUCGCUCACCAUGUCUUACGUCAAAUCUGCAGCCAAGAAUGGGUGCUGGAGAGAUGCCUGCAAAAUCCGGAGGAGCUCUGCCACCAGGACAUGCUUCUCGACAAUAUGCUGACACUACGGCAAGCUCAGAAAUUGUUACACAUGAUCUGUUAUCCCGAAACUCCGACUGAGGCGUUCAUCGAUCAAAAGACUCAUAUUACUAACAUUUUGGAAAAUUUAGAACAGUGGAGCUUGAGAAUGUCCUGGCUGGACUUGCAGCUCAUGUACAAACAAUUUUCGCCCGGCUCCAGCGAGCUCUCUCAAUGGUUGGACACAGUUGCAAAAGCUGCGAUCGACGUUUUUCAAUUGAACAGCAUCUUAAACAGCAAGCCUGACAAGAGAUCGGGCUCUAUAUGGCUAGUUGCCCCGUUGGUUUCAAAGUUACCGAGCGCGGUGCAAGGUAGAGUUCUCAAAGUGGCAGGACAAGUGUUGGAAUCGGGCAAUUGGUCCAAAACAGCGGGUCGCGAAAGAGGCAAGUCAAAAUCGCCCUCGUUGUUCAAUCACCAACCGUUUCUUUCAUUGGUGCUGACGUGCUUGAAAGGCCAAGACGAUCAAAGAGAAGGCUUACUGACGUCGCUACACUCGCAGCUUUCGCAGUUCUUGAACACCAGUAAGGAGGAAAAGCAUAUCGGCUCCGAAGAUCCCAAGACCAGAGAAGUGUUGCAAGAUGCGCUACAGUUGAGAUUCAGUCUUGUGGGAGGCGUGUUCGAUACGAUACAGAGGAAUACGACCGCGACGACAGACUGGGCGAUUCUACUGGUUCAAUUGGUCAGCUACGGCGUUAUAGACUUAAAUAAUAAUUCGGAAUUGUUCACUACCGUUAUAGACAUGCUGGCGACGCUAAUCCAUUCCACUUUGGUGUCAGAUUCACAGUCUGAAAAGGACGAGAACAAAAAGCACUAUCAGAACUUGAUGAAAAAGUUGAAGAAAGAAUUGGGCGACAGAAAUUCUCCAAGUAUCCGUUUCGUCAGACAACUUCUACCAUUGCCAAAACUGACCAUGGAGGUCAUCACGUGUGAACCGGUAGGAUGUUUGACUGACACUAAAGGAAACAAGAUUGCAGGAUUCGACAGCAUCGAUAAAAAGCAGGGACUGCAAGUGUGCGAUUCCCAAAGAGUAUCGGCGUGGGAGCUUUUGGAAGGUCAUAAAAAUCCGGCGCCGCUCUCUUGGGCAUGGUUCAGAGCCGUCAGGUUGGAACGCAGGCCACUUACAUAUCAGAAUGCGCAUAAACUACUGCGGUAUCACACACAUAGUCAAAUUCGCCCGGCUAGUCAUUACCUGGACCCACCACCGUUACCACCGGAAGAUCUCGAGCCGGACAAGAAGGAAUCGGAGCCUGGCAAAGCGGACACUCCCAUGAGCAUCGAUUCGCCAGGACGCAUUAGCAGUAACGUCACCAACACUGGAGUUAGUAAUGCUGGUACUAACGGUAAAGGAAAGGCCAUGAAAAGCAAACGGCAUAACAGACGGACUAAAGGACCCGCGACACCUACAACGCCUAUAUCGCAGCAGAUGCAACAACCACCGUCUCAACUGCAACAAAUGGCAUUCGCUAAUCAGCAAGCUCCCGUUGCGCAACAGCCCGGUAUGUUUACCGGACAGCCUCAGCCUCAACCUCAGCAGCAAUGGUACGGUAAUCAGACUCACGUACCGGCGCAACAGUACGGAUACGGACAACAGCUGCCGCCUACACCGGUCACCGGUCCACGUUACGAGAGGCCGGGAAUGAACAAUCAGUCCAAGCAGGCUCUAUCCAACAUGUUGCGAUUGCGAUUACCGUCUACUCAGUUUAUGGGCUCGCAGCAACAGCCAACUGCUGCGCCAGUUGCUGGACCGGGUGCAUUCCAAGGAAUGCAGAGGCAACAGUUCAUUAGGCAACAGUUGAGAGCGCAGCAUGGGGCACCUGGCAUGAAUCAACAGCAGGGCAUGUUUGCACAGACGCAACAGCAGCAGCAGCAACAGCAGCAAGGGAUGUACGCUGGAAUUCAACAAGGCAUGAAUCAAAACUAUGCGGGAUACGGCGGGCAGCAAAUGAUGCAGCAACAGCAGCAGCAGCAGCAGCAGACGCCCCAACAAACGCAGCAGCAGCAGCAGCAGCAGUUGCUUCAACAACAGCAACAGCAACAGGGAAUCUUGAACCAGCAGCAGCAAAAUAUGAUGUUCUCUAAUCAGCAGCAAAUGAUGGGUCCGCAGAGGGAAUACAUGCCGCAACAAAGAAUGCAACCUGGUGCUGCGAGACCACCGUACUUACAAGCGCCAAAUGUAACCAUGAACGCGAUGGGACCAAUGGGUGGAGGUGUUCAGAAUCAGCCCGCUCCUCCUUACCGGCAAUCUGCUGGGAAACCGGGCGCGGUGGGUGUAGCGGGAGUAGGAACGACAAAUGUCAGCUUGCAGCAAAAUCAACAGUUCCAGCAACAGCAAGCGAUAAAUCAACAGCGCAUGAGGCAACAAAUGCUGGCUAUGCAGCAGCAGCAGCAGGCACAGCAGCAGCAGCAGCAAGCUGCCCAGCAGCAGGGUGGUGCUAGCAACCAACUUCUCAGGCAUCUCAAUCAGCCGCCGCAACAUUCCUAUCAGCAUCAACCGCCACCUUAUUAAACGUCUGUUAAAAGAAAUCAUUUUUAUUUAUUACUUUUUAACGAUAAUACGGUAUCGAGGUAAUCGUAAGAAUGGAUUUAUUCGAUUAAUGUCGACCAAUUUAAAUUCGAUUUCACUUUAUCAGCUGAAAAUUGAGGAAACGCGUCAGUACCUAAUAGUAAUAGAGCGAAAGACAAAGGAGAAUUUUAUCGACAGUGCUGCAAUCUUUUUUAUCAGUCAAUAUUUUAUGUACUCGAGAGGAUUGUAUCGUAAGUAUCACGUAUGGAGUAUACUAUUACGAUGCAAUACUUGGUGCAAUGGAUAUAGGAAUAUCACGAUGUUUCAAGCUCCUCAAGUGAGAACCGAAUGACUCUUUUUGCUAUUUAAUAAUUAUAACGGUAUUUGGACCACAUAAACCACCUCUAAUUGACUAUGCAAAAUACUUGAUACAAAUAGAAAUUUUUUACUAAAGAUUUCUAAAAGGUCAGAAAUUCUGCUUGAAUAUUUUUAUUGACUCAGUAUUCUCCUGUAAUGAAACAUGUUGUAUUCCAAAACAAAUUGUAUUCCAUUCUUUUUUUAUGUAUAAAUUCUCGCAUAAGUAUUAUUAUUAUAUAUAUAUUAUUAUUAUUAUUAUUAGUAUACAUUAUAUAUAUUAUACAUAGCGCAAAAUGAUGAUAGAGUGAUGGAUAUCAUGAUGAACAUAGUCACGAGAUUGUGUGUGUGUAUAAUUUGUAUUACAAAAUAAAUUUAUUGUUACUGUUAUCGGCGACUAUUUAUACUUGUAUAUCAUAUUUUUUACAUAGAACUAGCAUUAUAUGAAACAUAUUACACGGGCGCCAUUUAUUAUAGAGCUAAAACGUUGACCGUGUGUCUCUUAUUACAUAAUAAUGAGAAAUAACGUAUUGUAUAGUAGUUUCUUAAUAUUGCAAAAUAAAUAUUAAGGAAAAUGUUAUGUACAUA